GCUAAGCUGUUGGAUAGCUGUUGAAAUAAAUUUUUGCUAAAAGUAGUUUUUGCUAUGGUGUUUCGGUUAAUAGCUGUGAUGAAGAUGUUGAAUGCCUUUGCCAUUUACAUGCUGUUUGUGUCUGGUGUCCAGCCAAAGCUUAUAACUAAAGGGAAUGUAACUGUUGCAGAGGACAAUUCAGUUACCUUACAAUGUGGCUUUUCUGAUGAAGGUGUCCAGUUGGUAUUAGUUGAAUGGAAUAAAUCCAGAAACAGAACAAAACUUGCUGUGUACCGUCCAAACAAUACACAUCAUUACAAUCAGCGAAUAACAAUGGAAGUCAAAAAUCAACAUUCCACAAUCACAAUCAAAGAAGUUCUCAAAUCAGACAAAGGCUGGUAUUCCUGCAUAUUUCAUACCUUUCCAAAUGGAAAACAAGAGGAAAAAAUGUAUUUGGAUGUCAAAGGUGUUAACAUGUUUGGGAUGAAACAUCGUUUGAGAAAUUUAUCAACCUACAUUUCAGCAUCAGUUGUUGGAGCAACAGUUGUGAUUUUGAUCAUUGCAUUGGUGUUAUGGAAAAUGAAGAGAAAACUAUCAACUUCAGAACUUGGUCGAAAACCACACAAGAAGAUGCCAUUUUAUGAAAAUGUGGAUAACAUACUAAACACCCAAUGUAAUCAAAACUCAGACACAAGUAUGUCAGUGUACGAAAAUGUGGAUAACAUAACAAACACCAAAAUGGAGAUUAGACAUGCCCAAUGACACAGCUGGUGAUUUAGUUUUGUCAUCUCAGACAGGACGAUAUUUUGUACACUCAAUCAAACAGAACUACUGCAAUAAUGUCAGAACCUUCCCCUUCAGGCACAGUGCUGUUCACUUUCUUGCCCCCAUUCCUGCACUUCUGGCUUGUCACUAUUUAUACAGUUUGCUACUUAACAGACAUCUUCAGAAAGACCUACAAAUAUCUAUUCUGACUUUCCAGUUAUAGGAUUGUGCCUGGGAUAAUACUGGCCCUACCAACUUACCUCUCUCGUUUUAAUGUUUUCUUUCUUUCUCUCCAUUUGCCUCCCUUUCUCUCCUCUCUUUCCUGAAGGCGUGAUGCUUUAUGUGCAAGUUUACAUAGUUAAUGUCAGAAGGAUAGUCAAAGAUCAAGCACCACAUUUGGGCAUGAUCAUGUGUUACCCUCACACAAAAGCACUCUCCAACAGAUAAAACCAGAUAGUAGCAAUCAGAAAUGAGAAGUUUGUCACUUUUCUUCUCUCUACCUCAGGGGAGCAAGUGUAAGCGUCUCUACCAUGGCAACAGCUGAGUUCAGCUAACUCAGAGAUUGAAUCUGGGGCUGUGUAUGAAUACAGGUUUGCCUAAAUCUUGAUUUCCUUGAGAAAUGAUCUGAAAAGUUGGAAUCAUUGCAAUGAUCAGAGGCCAAAUCUUGCUGUCAAAUUAACAGUGAGAUUAAUGGCACCCACCAUUAUUUACAUAUAAAUGCUACUGAAACUUCAGUGUGGAGCAGAUGCCAAUAUCCAGAAGUUACUGCCUGAACAGCAAUGUUCCAUCACAAAAUUACAUCUCACCACUUGCCUCAUAUUGAAAUGCAUUGGAUGGUGUGAAGAUGCUGUGCUUGCAAGAUAGAUACAAUGUAAACUGGCCACCGAAAGUUAAGUUUGCGAAUUCAAGCCGAAGUAUCCUUUUAACAGGGUGUUAAGUGUCAAUUAUUGCAAAACAAUCUCUCUGGCACUGAGAAUUAACUACUAGAAUUGUGGAGUUGCAUUCCUCCAAUUAUUAUUUUUUUAGAAGUCCAUUCUGUUUCUUUUCUCCCUCUCAUAAUCCAAUCUUUCUUUCCCUCAUUUUCUGUAUCUGAAUUGACAUUGAAUCCACUCACUAACAUGGUGGCCAUGACAAUAGGAAAAAGGUCAAAAAAGCUAUAAAGAUAGGGGGAAAUUAUUGAUAAACAAAUUAAACCUAGAGAAGUUGAAACCUCUGGUGUGGGCGGAUUGAGUCGCACCUAUUAAAAGAAGCUAGGGAAAAGAAAGCAGAAGCACUAUUACACAUUUAAAGCAACUUAUAGAAAAGGGAAUUGUGACAGAGGACUGGAGGACAGCUAGUAUUAUUCUUAUAUUAAAAGGCAGUUAGAAUAAGUCCAGAGAUAUAUAGACCAGUUAGUUUAACAUUAGUUAGGAAAGAUAAUGGAAUCUUUAUUCAAAGAUGUAAUAAAGAAACAUUUAGAAACUGAAAAUAUAGUAGAGAAGUCAGAAUGUAUUUCAAAAGAGAAGGUCGUGCUUGAUUAACUUUAUUGAAUUCUUUGGACACAUAACAGGAAAAAUGGACAAAGGUAAUGAAAUGGAUGUAAUGGCCCAAAUCUUUUCGGAAUGUCCAUGGGGAGCAGGGGAUUGCCCAUCAGAAGUUAAAAUUUCCCAGGCAGUUCCCAUGGAGUCAGUGCGUUGGAACUUAAGAGAGGUCCCGUAGCACAUCUUUGGGGUAUGUCAGGCCUCCAACAAUCCGGAGAAUGGGAGAUCUGGGCCAAUCUGUUUGGACUUUCAAAAGCAUUUGAUAAGGAGAUGCUUCUCCAAGGCUAUAUCAUGUGAGGUUAGAAGAAGGAGGCUCAUUUACAACACAAACUCUAGCAUGUUGGCCUGAAAGUACAUUAGAAUAUAUACAUACAUUAAGAUUUGCAGCACAGAAGUAGGCCAAUGUGAUAUUCUAAUUUAUACCUGCUUCUCAAUAAUCCAUGGAUUCUCUUAAUUCUUCAACCUGAUUGGACAUGCAAAGUUGGCUAUACUUUCCAUUCAGGUCUGAUAUGCCCAGUCUCCCAUACUGCGAUGCUAUUAUCCCACACUUACAGAAAUUUAGAGUGCAAAAUUAUUUUGAACUAAAAGAUGCGGUGUCAAAUCUAACUAAUGGCAGGCACUGUUAAAUGCCCUGCUACAGAAAAAUUUUUCCUACAUUUUAGCGUGAAGAUUGUAUCCCAUUGUAUAACCAGACUUGAGGCCUUGAAUCGCAAUAUCACAUAAUACAAUUUUCUCAAUAAAGUUUAAUUUUUGACU